AUGAGGACACCUAGUAGGCCGACACGAGACAUACACGAUUAUGCGAGCCGGCGGCCAAACUGCAUCAUUGAGUCGCUUCAGAAAACUUAUCAGUCUUCCUUCGUUGUUUACAGUGGUCCUCAAAGUCACUAAAUCGAAAAGAAAGUGCACAAAAAAGAACCUGAAUGGCUCUAUGAACGCUGUAAGGCAAGGAUUGUGCAUACUGUGGAAGAGGGUGAUCAAACCAGGGAAGGGGCUAAGGAGCUUAGGCUUUUCCCCAAAGAGUUUGGACAAGGAGUUAGACAGCAAAGGGUGAGGGGUGAAACCCAAGAAAAACCUGGAACACUACCCUUGGCUAUUUCGAUGAUGAAAAGAAUCAUGGCGCCCCAAACUCAAAGUUUAAAUAUGCUUGAAGAACUCCAGGGCCUUUACGAAGAACGUGGUGAUCACCUGGUUACCGGGACGUCAGUGGAAAACUACAGAGUUGUUUUUUCAAAAGGAGAAGUUGUCGCUCUUAAGCAUAACUACACAGGACGUAUCUGGAGCCUUUUUUUCUAA